GACAUGGCGAUGCCAUUCCGAUCAAGGAAUCCAGCUCGGGUUUUGCUGGUGUCUUGCGGGAACGCGAAACUCCUUCGGCUGUACGGGCGGUGGGCAGAGCGUUCCUUUGCCGAGGCUUCGACCUCGGCUCCUGCGUUCGAUUAAGAGGCAGAGGGACGGGAGGACCGGGCGUGCUCUCGCGCCCUGCUUCCGAUCUAUCCGACAGGCGCACCGGCACACUGUGGGCUGCCCUGCCUACGCGGAAGCCUCUCGUGCGGAGGCACUUAAGGCGGGAUCGACGCGCGAGAGUCCGGGGCUUCUAUGGUCAAGUGGUGGUGCGGCUUGCGGGGGAGAGAAAUCUCAGAGCAUCCUGA